AUGAUCACAGUUGGUUAUGGUGAUGUCAGACCUACAAAUCCUUUAGAAGUAGGAGUUUGUAUUAUAUUGAUGAUGACUUGUUGUUUAGUUUUUGGUUUUACAAUCAAUCAAAUAGGAUAUAUUUUCUAGGAUAUGUACAUGAAAGAGAAGAACAUCCUCUUAAAAAGAAACGUAAUAUCUAAAUACAUGUAAAAAAAAGAAAUCAAUUCUUAAACUUAAAAUUAGGUUUUAGAAUACUUAGAAUACGUUUGGCGAGAAGAUUUAGAUGAACAUUAAUAAGAAGCGAACACAAUUUUAAAUUAACUUUCUAGUAAUUUGAAAUAGCAAAUUUAAUUGGAAUCAAAUAAAUUAGUUUUAAAGGAGAACAGAAUAUUAAAAGAUAAUUUUAGCCCAUAAAUACUAGCUGAAAUAAUACCUUUUAUUUAAGAACAGAACUGUACUCCAGGAGAAGUAAUUAUAGAUGAAUAAAUAGGAAAUACAGAAGGAUAUCUUUAUUUCGUUUAAUAAGGAGAAGUAGAACAGUAUAAAAAUUGCUAAUAAACUCAAAUAUAUUUAAAGAAUAAAAAAUAAUCAAUAGUUUCUAUUAAAAAGAUAUUAUAAGGAGAAAAUUUUGGGCAAAAGGCAUUCUUUACUGGAGAGAAAUAAAGCUUGAGUUGUUCCUCUUGUCAUGAAAGAAAUCAUACAGAAAUAUAAUGCCCCAUAUUACAUUAUAUCCCUAAAAAAUUUAAAGUGUUAUAAGAGAAUACUAUUAAUACUCCUCAUUUAGUGCGCCAAACUCAGUUCAAUAGAAAAAUAGCUUAGAAAAGGAAUACAUUUCAAGAUCUAGAAAAUAACGUUUACAGAGGACUGCAAUUUAUUGAAGAAAAAGGUGAAGACCUUGAUGAAUUCGAAAAUGAGUACUUAGAGUUUUCCUUCUUUUAAAAAAAUCAACUAUAUAACAGUGAUCUAGAAUAAAAUUAAGAAAAGGUGCUAGUUUAUUCAUAAAAAGUUAAGUCCAUGUACUAAAGAAAUCAGACAUCAAAGGAAGAAAAUGAUAAAUAUUCAAAAAGGAAAUCAAGGAUAUAUUCAUUUGUAAGUAAUCAUUUAAUAAAAUAAAAAACAUUAGAUGAGGAAAAUAUUUAAAGCGCAAAGUCAAUUUAGAACAAGAGUGAAAAUGAAAAUGAAAAUGAAAUUAAUUUAGAAUAGGAAAAUUUUAGGAAAAAAAUGCAUAAAAAAUUCAUGAAUACUAUGUCAGUAAUAUAUCAAAGUAGCAAACUUAUUUAAGAGCAUGAGGAAUAGUCUGAAAGUAAUAAUUACUCAAAAUAAACUAUAGGAUAGAUACAAAGACCUUCUUUUAUCAUGAAUCAAUCAAUUAAAGAUAUUUAAAUUCAAGAAAAAUGUACCAAAAAUUAGAAAGUUAGUGAUGUAAGUAAUAACUUAAAAACUUAAAUAGAAUCUCAUAUCCAGCUUAGUUUACAGCCUUAUUCAAAUAAGAAUGAGAUUGAUACUGAAUUCAAUACUCAUUUUGACAUAUUUUUUGGAUAAUUUGAGUCUCUUUAGAACUAUAAAUAUUAUUUCCCAUAGUAAAAUUAUAAAGAAGUACUGAAUAAAUUAAAUGAUAUCAUCAUAAACCAAGUAAAUGCUAGAGGAAUCAACAUGAAAAAUUUCUUAAAAAAUGAAAAUGGUAUUAGUAGUUUUAAAAGAAGAAAUAAUGUAUUUAAUUUCAUUAAAAAAAAAAUAUAUGACUCUUAAUUGCUGCAAGCAGUUGAUUCAUAAAAUUAAAAUAUUAAUGGUAAUAAUCCAGAUUUAGAAGCUUAAUAAAAUUUCACUCUUUAAGAUACCUAAUUUAAACCAUAAUCUCUCUCAGUAGAAUCAGAAAAUAAAACUACUAUUUCUAAAAUUUAAUAAUCUUACAAUCUAAAUGGCUUGACAGCGCAGGCUAUGAAUGACAUUUCUACAAAUGCUUUAAAUAACUCAAUUAAAGUUGAUUUAGAUACUCCUGAACUUGAAGACGAGUAAUAAGAUUUUAGGGUUCUUCCUUUGGUUUCUUACCCAAGGCGAUCCUAUUUUUAUGAUUCUAAUAACUGA